AUGCUUCGUACCAUUUUCAUCUUUUCCCUCUGCCUAUUGGCUCUUGUGGCUGCAGCGCCAGCAGCUGAACCAAAAACUUUACAGAAACAGCGCGAAAUGUACGAGGCCAUGUCUCAGGUACUCCCAGAGGAAGCAGAAGAGGAUGCUGGCUUAUUCCGUCACUUAAGAUCUGCAUCUAAUGGGAAGCCGACAUUCAUACGAUUUGGUAAACGUGGUGGUCCAUCCUUCAUACGCUUUGGCCGAGCUCAGCCGAGCUUCAUUCGGUUUGGACGUUCUGACAACGGCAGGGACUACGAAUAG